AUGGGUGUUGCCGCCUUCACGACCAUCUUUAUGUGGGGGCCGUUCCUGUACGCUGCCACGCUCAUCCUUCACCAGUAUCUACGACUACGACACAUCCCCGGCCCCCCCUCUGCCGGAUUCUCCCCUUGGUGGCUUUUACGUGCCGUGUAUAGCGGUAGCAUGCACCUCAAGUUCUACGAGGCCGGCCUCAAAUAUGGAUCUCUUGUUCGCGUCGGUCCAAACGACGUUGUGACGAGCGACCCGGACCUCAUGAGGCAUAUGCUCGGCGUGCGCACCAAGUAUACGCGUUCAGACUGGUACAACGCGAUGCGACUAGAU